AUGGCCGUGUGGACGCUUCUUGCGUUUCUGCUUCCGGCGAGACUUGCUGCUCAAGGAGACUAUCAGAACUAUGUCAACAAGUAUGCUUCUGGAUAUAUGGGUGGCUCCGGCGGCUCUGGCUACCAGAAGUAUUACCAGCAGUACAUGGACAAGUAUGGCUCUUCCGGAUCAGGGGACAAGACAGCAGAAUCUGGCCCCGUUAGCCUCGCGGCUGCGGAUGCAUCAAGCGGCAAGGCGGCAGACAAGACCAGCAGUGGCACUGCUGACAGCUCUGAAGGAAGCAGCUACCAAAAGUACAUGGACUACUCCAAGUACACCGGAGGCGCGCAGGGUGGUUCGCAGGCGGGACCGUCAGAGAAGAACAAUACAGGUUUCCUGUGCCUUCUCUGUAGCUCAAUGAUGCUAUGGAUGCUACUCGUAUGUGCAGGUCAAUGCAGGUCACAGGCCUGCGAGUUAGGGGUGUAA